AUGGCAGAUCGCCCCUUGGUUAUCGAACACCGCCACCGGCGGCGGCGCUCUCGAGCAUCGAGUGAGUACCUUGGAGUUCGCCGUAGGCCAUGGGGCCGCUAUGCUGCUGAGAUCCGGAAUCCAUACACGAAGGAAAGGCACUGGCUCGGCACCUUCGACACCGCAGAGGAGGCUGCAGUCGCCUACGACCUCUCCUCCAUUUCCUUCAGUGGACUGGCUCGUGCUCGAACCAACUUUUAUUAUCCUUUUCUAGCUCCUCCUAACAUGCCAUCUCCACCGCCCCCGCCGCCGCCGCCGCCUCCUCCUCCUCCUCCUUCACCUACAUCCGAGCAAAGGGAUGAUCUCCAUCUCGAGUUCGAUUACGUUCAGGAUGACGAGUCGAUGACCAUCGCAGCCAUCCUGCAGAGUUUUCGCCGCUCCUCAUCUCUUUCUUCAUCUUCUUUUCUGUGGUAA